AUGGCCUCUCUAACUGCAUUACCUCAUGACCAAGUCACAAUUGCUCCGUUAGUGCUGUUGUCCGUAUUGGACCAUUACAAACGUACCGAGACCCCUGAAGGGAAACGUGUUGUUGGUGUUAUCUUAGGUGAUGCCACAACCUCUACUGUGAAAGUGACCAAUUCUUUUGCUCUACCCUUCGAAGAAGAUGAUAAGAAUGCCGACGUUUGGUUUCUUGAUCAAAAUUAUAUUGAAAACAUGAAUGAAAUGUGUAAGAAGAUUAACGCUAAGGAAAAAUUGAUUGGUUGGUAUCAUAGUGGACCAAAACUUAGAGCAUCAGAUUUAAAGAUUAAUGAAUUAUUUAAGAAAUACACAGGACCAAAUAGAACUCCACUAUUAUUAAUUGUCGAUGUACAACAAACUGGUGUAGGUUUACCUACUGAUGCAUAUAUAUCUGUGGAUCAAGUUAAAGAUGAUGGUACCUCUACAGAAAGAACGUUUUUACAUUUACCAUGUAGCGUUGAAGCAGAAGAAGCAGAAGAGAUUGGUGUCGAACAUCUAUUGAGAGAUGUGCGAGACCAAGCUGCUGGUGGUUUAUCUAUUAGAUUAACUAAUCAAUUGAAAUCAUUAAAGGGUUUACAAAAGAAAUUGGGAGAUAUUACUGUAUAUUUGAAUAAAGUUAUAAACAAAGAAUUACCUGUGAAUCAUAUUAUUUUAGGUAAAUUACAAGAUGUCUUUAAUCUUUUACCAAAUUUAGGACAACCAAAUGAAGAUGAAAUGGAUUUGAAAAGACCCGAUUUAGUAUCUUCUUCGAAUACAUUACAAAAAGCAUUAACUGUAAAGACUAAUGACGAAUUGAUGAUCGUAUAUAUUAGUAAUUUGGUUAGAGCCAUUAUUGCCUUCGAUGAUUUAAUUGAAAAUAAAAUACAAAGUAAGAAAUUACAAGAGAAAUUACAAAAGGAUGCUGAAAAGACUACAACAGAUGAGACAGAAGAGGAUAAAUCGACAAAGGAAAAUAGUGAGACGACGAACUCAUCCACAUCAGAAAAGAAGAAGUCAACCUAA